CUCCUCGCCCGCCGGGUGCUGAAGUUGGGCGGAUGGCAGCGAAGCGGCUCCGCUAGAGGACGGAGCAGCCCAGCCCCGCGCCUCCCCAGCCAGGACGCCCCGGCGCGCUGCCCACACCUCCAGGCGACCGGUUCAAGCAAAGUGAGUUCUGGUGUGUGAACCUUGGCGAGAUACUCCCAGGCACGGAGGGGGCGAAGAGCGGGAACGCCCACCCACCCCCAGCCGCUGCCCGGGUGGGUGUAGCCACCCGCCAACUGGAUCCUGAAGCAGCUGAGAUGCGAAAAAGGCAGCAGUCACAAAAUGAAGGAACACCUGCCAUGUCUCAAGCAUCCGGAAAUCAGAGGCCCAACAACACGUGUUGCUUUUGUUGGUGCUGUUGUUGUAGCUGUUCCUGCCUCACUGUUAGGAACGAAGAAAGAGGGGAAAGUGCAGGAAGACCCACACAUCCCACUAAAAUGGAGAGCAUCCAGGUCCGAGAAGAAUGCCAAAACCCCACUGCAGAGGAAGUCUUGUCCUGGUCUCAAAAUUUUGAUAAGAUGAUGAAGGCCCCUGCAGGAAGAAACCUUUUCAGAGAAUUCCUCCGAACAGAAUACAGCGAAGAGAACCUCCUUUUCUGGCUGGCCUGUGAAGACUUAAAGAAAGAGCAGAACAAGAAAGUCAUUGAAGAAAAGGCCAGGAUGAUAUAUGAAGAUUACAUCUCCAUACUCUCACCCAAAGAGGUGAGUCUCGAUUCUCGAGUUAGAGAGGUGAUCAAUAGAAAUCUGUUGGAUCCUAAUGCUCACAUGUAUGAAGAUGCCCAACUUCAGAUUUAUACCCUGAUGCACAGAGAUUCUUUUCCGAGGUUUUUGAACUCUCAAAUUUAUAAGUCCUUUGUUGAAAGUACUGCCAGCUCUACUUCUGAAUCCUAAUUUUCAUUAAAAACUCAUUUUGAAGAACUCAGAUGGGAACCAAGAAAGGAGUGACUUGACACCAGAAACUUGAGUUCCUGAAGAACUACAGUCUAGCUUUCCUCAGGCUGCUGUGAAAACACAACCCUCUGGUCUUUGUCUCCAUUUUUUUAUUGAGGUUAUUCAUGGCUAGGUUUGGAGAAAAUCCCACAUACAAUGAAUUGCCAAAUCACAUAUCUUUUCUUCAACCCUCAAGCUACUUGCUAGCUAACUGUACUUGUAGGUCUAGGAACAGUCUUCUAGUGUACCUCUGGAGACUGCAUGUUCAGAGCAAACCUGCUUCAUUUGCCACAUAGUAGUUGUAAUAUUUAGUCCAGUGGCAGAACUUAUACUGUAUUUAAGGACUUUUGUGCAAUAUGGUCUUAUAGAAAUAACUGCCAAAAUGGCUGUGGUGUGCAUUUUUUUUUAAAAAAAAAUACAAUCUAGAUCAGAAAAAAAGCCAAUUUUUAAUUUGUACCAUAGUAUUCAACGUGCUAUAUUAUACUGUGUUCAUUACAUUCAUUUUAAAGCUAAUGUUUCUGUAUGUGAAAAAAAAAAAAAAGAGCUAUUUCUGUUUGUUGGAAAAAUCCAGUGGGGGGACUCCUCUGGUUGUUCACUGCCAACACUGUGGCAUUUCCAUUACAGAAGAGUUUACUAUGUAAAAUGCACAUAUACAUAUAUAUAUAUAUAUACACACACACAUAUAUAUAUAAGAAGAAAAAAGCACAAAUAAUUUAAAUAUAUUCUAUCUCAUUGACAAAUCAAAGAGUGUUAUUGUUUUUAAUUGUAAUAAAAGAAAUUCAUUAUAUAUAUACAUAUAUAUAUACAUAUAUAUAUAUAUAUAUAUGAUGUCCAGUACUGUAACUGAAAUAUUAAAGAUUGGCUCUUUAGUCCUGAUAUGGUUGUGUAUGUACUUUAGCAAGGAAAAUAAGAAUAAGUGUGAUGACUUUUUUUUAGAAUAUAAAGAGAGGAUUUAACAAAGGAAUGCCUACAUGUAGCAUCAUAAAGCAUUUUGAUGUAUAGGAUCCGUAAGAUGGUAUAUUUUCCUUGAAAGUGAAAUCCAAUGAAAAGCUAAGUUUUUAACCAAGAAAAAGUUUUAUAAGGGUUAGGAAGUAGAAAACUCUACGGUGGACCUUAACCGUUUUCACAUAAUACCAAAAGAAUGAUUUAUUUUAACAAAAUUAAAAUCAGAGUAUUGAUUUUCAUCCAUAAUUCAAAGGCAGUUCAGUGCUCAAAUCUGUAGUUGCCAUAUUAUUUUUUAUAAGUCCCACUAAAUCUGUAAGACAAAAUACUUACCAGACAUUGACAUGUACUUUUGGAAUAUUCAAGGAAACAGUAUCCUAUAAUGUACACACACACACAUUAAAAAAAAAAAGUCAAUGUCCUGUUUAUAACAAGAUGUUGCAUUUGAAUAUUAGUAACCCCUGGAAACUAUUUUUUUAAUCUUAAAUACUAAGUAAUCUAAAAUGAAAGUUUUAAAAAUAUUUAUAUCCACUAGGAAUACUGGCCUUAUAUUAAGGAUGAUAUUAAAAUUAUAGGUUUUCUUUGUCAUUUUUAACUACCUCUCAUUUUUUAAUUUAUUAAACAUUUUUAAAAGUGAGUUGGGGGGGGCUUUCUUUUUGACAUUUAUUUUGCUUAAAAGGUUGGCCCCAUACAUUUCUUUUUCCAUAAACUUAAAGCAUUUCAAGAGUUGGUCUUUUUUUUUUUUUAAGUGAAUUUGAUUUUCUAUAUACAUAGAAUUCAGGAGAUUGAUAAAAAGGGCUAUUAUCUAACAUUUCCCUAUGCAAAUAUUUUAACUGUUUCAGUGUUAGACAAAAUGGGAUUUAAAAAAAAAAAAGUUCUAAGAAUAGAAAACAAACAGUUCUGUUUACACUGGUGUUGCUGACUAUCCUACCAUAUUCAGCACUUUUAAAUACCUUAUUUAUGAAAGUGUAGUUAAAAUACAAGAUAGAAAAUAUCUAUGGUAAUCAUCUCUUUUAAUAAAUGCCUGGUUUUGUCAGAAAGUGUUAGUGUUUAGAUAUAAGAACCUAUGUCAGUGAGAUAUGCACUACUUGAGUAAUAGUUUCGUAAUGUGCUGAAAAAGAUAGCUAUGAAGAUGUUUACAAAAAAAUAGUCAUGUCUUUUUCCUAAAGAGUGAAGAAGAAUCAAAAAUCAUUGUCACUUCUCUUGUGAAGUUCUAUCCCUGAACAUCUGAUUUUUUUUUCUCGAUUAGAAUUGAGUUUAUUAUGCUACUAUAAUGUAUACAUGUAUAUGUCCUAGUAUAUUCUAUCCAUUGCUGUAUUUGAGGCACAAUAAAUGGCACACAUGACUA